AUGCACUCUGCCUCUCCGGCGUGCGCGCGCCGCCCAGCCCCAGCCGCAGCCGCGAGCGAGGCGGCGCCGGGACUCUGCCCAGCCCGCAGCGGGAGCGGAGCUCGGCCGGGCCGGGCCCGCUGCAGAAGCCCCGCCCGGGGGGGCCAUGGCCGAGCGGGCCGCUGCCCAGGCAUCAGAAUGGGACACAGAGGUACAAGCUCCCCUUAUCCCAGACGUAAGUUUUGUGAAAGAAACCCAACUGCAGACUGCGGCUAUUUCCUUGUGGACUGUGGUAGCUGCUGUUCAAGCGGUGGAGAGGAAAGUGGAAUCUCAUGCUAUGCGAUUGCUGAAUUUGGAGCGGAGAUCAGGGACAGCUGAGAAGAAAUUUGUGGACUGUGAGAAAACAGUGGUAGAGUUUGGUAACCAAUUGGAAAGUAAGUGGGCUGUGCUGGGAACUCUGAUCCAGGAGUAUGGGCUGCUGCAGAGAAGACUGGAGAACAUGGAGAACCUGCUGAAAAAUAGGAACUUCUGGAUCCUAAGAAUUCCCCCUGCUAGUAAAGAAGACCCAAAGGUCCCAAUGGCGUUUGAUGAUGUCUCAAUCCAAAUUCCCCGGGAGAAGUGGGAGAAUUUGGAAGAGUGGCAGAAAGAGCUUUACAAGAAUGUGAUGAAGGGCAACUAUGAGUCUUUGAUCUCACUAGACCAUGCAAUUUCCAAGCCUGAUAUUUUAUCGCGGAUUGAACAAGGGGAAGAGCUCUGUGCUGGGGAGCUGCAGGACUUGGAAGUGAGAGAGAUCCCUACAGAAUCUAGCACAGAUGUCAUUCAUGACUUUUCACCUGCCCAAGUUACUUCUGUCUCUGCCGGUCCCAGCACAGAAUCUCCCAUUUCUACCACGGACAUUAUCUCAUGGAUUAAACAAGAAGAGGAGCAGAGCAUACGGGCUCAAGAGAAUGCUAAGGAACAAGAAACGCAUAGAAGUACCUGCACCACAGAUGAUAGGCUCUUGGUCAAACAUGAGGAUCGUCCUCAAGAGAGAGGUUCUGUGAACCAGGAGCUGCCUGUGACCUUACCAGGAAGAUCAGAAGUAUGUGUUUUCCAAGUAGCCAGCUGCGAAAAUCAGCCCAGUUCAAACAUGCAGCUCAUCUCAAACACAACCUCUAUAGCGCACAGUCUGAGAGAAUCCACUCAAGGUGAAACAGAGUUUGGUCAGUUUCCAAACGUCGCCACCCAACAGGGAGGCCAACUGGGAGAAAGACCAUAUUUGUGCAGUGAGUGUGGGAGGUGCUUCAGCCGGAAAGACAUCUUCAUAUCACAUCAGAGAACCCACACAGCUGAGAAACCCUAUUCCUGCUCCGAGUGCGGGAAAAAGUUUGCCCAGCAAUCCAAUCUGAACAACCACUUCCGGCUCCACACAGGUGAGAGGCUUUAUGUGUGUUCACAGUGCGGGAAGAGCUUCAUCCACCAGUCCAGGCUCACCUACCACUACAGAGUCCACACGGGAGAGCGGCCCUACAUGUGCACAGAGUGCGGGAAGGGCUUCACCGAGCAAUCCAAAUUAACAAACCACUGUCGAAUCCACACAGGUGAGAGGCCGCACACCUGUGCCGAGUGCGGGAAGAGCUUCAGUCUGAAGAUAAGCCUUAUAAUUCACCAGAGAAACCACGACAAGGAAAGGCCUCAUGAAUGCACUGAAUGUGGCUUAAACUUCAAUUGUCACUCAGGACUCAUCAGGCAUCAGAUGAUUCACACGGGAGAGCGGCCCUAUAAAUGCACAGACUGUGGGAAAGGCUUCAUGCGGAAGGAGCAUCUUCUGAACCACCAGCGACUGCACACGGGAGAGAGACCCUACCAAUGUACGGUGUGCGGGAAGAGCUUCAUUCGGAAGCAUCAUCUUCUGAAACAUCAGCGGAUCCACACGGGGGAGCGGCCCUACCAGUGCGCCGAGUGUGGCAAAAGCUUUAGGUAUAAACAGUCGCUCAAAGAUCACCUGAGAAUUCAUAGUGCAGAGCAGAGGCAGCCAGAAAUUUCCCAGGGCCUUUUGCAGGAAAUAGAAACUGGGCUCCUUGAUGUUAAAAUAGAAAAUACAUGUGUGCUGCAGUUAGUCAAAGGACUUCCUUUGGAGGAGGAUGCACGUUCCCUAGAGAGACCCGCCCCGGCGCUGCUCAGCGCCCACAAGGUCUCGUGCAAACCCCGGCCCCGGGUUCAAAUCCUGCGGAAAUGGGGGCGGCGGCUGCUGCUGGGUGCGCGGCCCAGGCCGCGGCUCCCGGCCUCGCUCCCUGCGCCCCGGCUGCGCUCGCUCCGCUCCGCCCGGCAGCGGGGCCGGCCCGUGGCGAGGCGGCGCCGGGACUCUGCCCAGCCCGCAGCGGGAGCGGAGCUCGGCCGGGCCGGGCCCGCUGCAGAAGCCCCGCCCGGGGGGGCCAUGGCCGAGCGGGCCGCUGCCCAGGCUCCAGAAUGGGAUGCAGAGUCAUGGUGGCCAAUGCCUUUGCAGCCACCUGCUGUCCCUGAAGAAAUUCCCCUUAGAGAAACCCAGCUGCAAACAGCAGAGAUUUCUUUGACUAUGGUGGCUGAAGUUCAAGCCAUAGAGAGGAAGGUGGAUUCUCAGGCUGCACGGUUGCUGAGUCUGGAUGGGAGAAUGGGAACAGCUGAGAAGAAACUAGUCGGCUGUGAGAAAACAAUGGUGGAGUUUGGGAACCAGCUGGAGAGUAAGUGGGCCGUGCUGGGAACUCUGAUCCAGGAGUAUGGGCUGCUGCAGAGGAGGCUGGAGAACAUGGAGAACCUGCUGAAGAACAGGAACUUCUGGAUCCUGAGACUCCCCCCAGGCACUAAGGGAGAAGUCCCCAAGGGAUGGAAGAGUGCAGCCAAAUGGCAGAAGGAGCUUUGCGAGAACGUGAUGAAGGGGAACUAUGAGUGUCUGAUCUCCCUGGACUCUGCGAUUUCCAAACCCAGCAUCCUGUCCCAGAUUGAACAAGGAGAGGGGCCAUGUGUUGGGGAUGAGCCAGAAGAGACAGAAAUCCCCAUGGAGCCCAGCAUAGACUCUCCGGUUCCUACACAUGAGAUUUCCUCCUGGAUUAAACAGGAGGAGGAACUGUGUAUCCAGGAUCAGCAGGACUCGGAGGAGAGAGAGAUCCCUGCAGAUCUUAGAAUGGCAGAUGUUGCGCUCACGAUCAAAACAGAGGAGCAACAUCCUGAAGAAGGCCCUAGCAACCUGGAGCUACCUGGGCCAUUGCCAGGACAAGCAGAGGAGAGAGCUUUCCAGGAUGCUGAAUGGGAAGCAGCCGUAGAGAGUCCUUGCACUUCGGUCAGCUCUCCAGGUAACAACCUGGGGGAGUUUACUCACCAUGAAAGAGAAUUCAAAACUGUUGCUGCCCAUCUCAGGGGCGAUGCAGGAAUAGCCCCCUAUGUGUGUGCCCAAUGUGGGAGGAACUUCACUCGAAAGGACAUUCUCCUGUCGCACGAGAGACUCCACACGGGUGAGAGGCCUUACACCUGUGCUGACUGUGGGAAGAGCUUUAGGCUCAAGAUCAGCUUUGUGAAGCACCAGAGAUGCCACACCAAGGAGCGGCCCUAUCCAUGUAGCGAAUGCCAGAAGAGCUUCAAGUGCCACUCGGCGCUUAUGCGGCACCAGAUGAUCCACAGGGGAGAGCGGCCGUAUAAAUGCGACCAGUGCAACAAAAGCUACAGCCGCAAGGAGCACCUCCAGAACCACCAGCGGCUGCACACCGGGGAGCGGCCCUUCCAGUGCACAACCUGCGGGAAGAGCUUCAGUCAAAAGUUCGUGCUUGUCUCGCAUCAGCGGAUCCACACAGGGGAGUGGCCUUAUAAAUGCACAGAGUGUGGGAAAGGCUUCAAUGAGAAAUCCAAGCUGACUAGCCACUACAGGAUCCACACCGGUGAAAAGCCCUACAGCUGCGCCCAGUGUGGGAAGAGCUUCCGCCUCAAGGUGAGCUUCUUAAGGCACCAGACGAGCCAUGGCAGUGAGAAGCCCUACCCAUGCACACAGUGCGGCAAGAACUAUAGCUACCUCUCUGGCCUCCUCCGGCACCAGCUGAUUCACGCGGGGCAGCGGCCACAUCAGUGCAACAAGUGUGGCAAAAGCUAUGCUGAGAAAUACCGCCUGCGGAAUCACCAGCGUAUCCACCUGGACGAAGGAUCGGAGCAGUGCAUCCCCUGCGGGAAGUGUGUCUUGGGGAAGCAGGACCUCCUAAGCCACCAGCAAAGCCAUGCUGACGGACGCCAUCCACGCACCACUUGUGGACAAAGCAUCUGGCUCGUGGAGAGCGGCUUAAAGCAACAAAGAAACCACAGCAGGGAGAAGCCCUACGAAUGCAGUGACUGUGGGAAGAGCUUCAAGUGCCAGUCGGAGCUCACCCGCCACCGGAGAGUCCACACGGGGGAGAGGCCUUACAAAUGCACCAAGUGUGACAAAAGCUACAGCCAGAAGUACCAUCUCCUCCAGCACCUGCGUGUUCACACAGGGGAGCGGCCCCAUCAGUGCAGUGACUGUGGGAAGAGUUUCAUCCGGAAGGAACAUCUCCUGAAACACCAGCGGAUCCACACUGGAGGGAGGCCUCACCAGUGCAGCGAAUGCGGGAGAAGCUUCCAAUAUAAGCAGUUGCUGAAAGACCAUCAGAGGGCGCAUGGAGUGGAGCCAGAUCCCCUGGAGGCUUCCCCAAAGACUGAAGCCUGGGUUCCUUAA